CACUCUCCGUCCAGCGUUGGGAACCGAAGUGCGCCGUCGUCGUUCUUGCAGUGCCGGCAGCCUUUCCGAGUUUCUGAAAACGGUUGAGGACGCGUCGUCUCUCUCCGACGGAAUUGCCGGUUGCCGCUGGGAUUGGCGCUUCCCGGCAAGGCCCCGGAUUUAGCUGUCGUUCGGGGCCGCGGGAGAAUGCGGCGGCUGGCACGGGUAGUGUUACUAUGCCUGGGCUGUGGUUUGUGCUCGCUGCUCUACGCGUUUAGCCAACUGGCUCUGUCGCUGGAACAGGAGGGGCCCCAGCGCCAGGUGGACUCCGCCUUUCCAGUCCGGAGGCAGCUGAGUGGCGGCAACACGCGCUUGGGAGCUCUGGCGGGAAGCGCAGGCCGCGGCGAGAGACACCGGCGGUCGGAGCCGGAGAGAUAUGAUUUUCCAAGGCCUCAGCUUUCUGAAAGGAUGCAUUUGGCGGUAGUAGCCUGUGGUGAAAGAUUGGAGGAAACUGUUACUAUGUUGAAAUCAGCUAUUAUUUUCAGCAUAAAAAAUCUUCAGUGUCAUAUUUUUGCUGAGGAAUCAUUACAUAGUGACUUCAGAGAAAUACUUGAUAAUUUGACACAUAAUGAAAAAUUUAAUUAUACUCUAUACCCUAUCUCAUUUCCAACUGAGAAUGCAGCAGAAUGGAAGAAAUUGUUCAAGCCCUGUGCUUCUCAAAGACUUUUCCUACCAUUAAUCCUCAGUAAGGUGGACUCUCUACUAUAUGUUGACACAGAUAUCUUGUUCUUAAGCCCUGUUGAUGAUAUAUGGUCUUUCCUGAAAAAAUUCAACUCUACUCAGAUUGCUGCUAUGGCACCAGAGCAUGAAGAACCUCGUAUUGGGUGGUAUAAUCGCUUUGCUAGGCACCCAUAUUAUGGAAAAACUGGAAUCAAUUCUGGAGUAAUGUUAAUGAACAUGACCCGCAUUAGAAGAAAAUAUUUCAAGAAUGAUAUGACAUCAGUACGAUUACGUUGGGAAGAAAUUCUCAUGCCGCUGCUGAAAAAAUACAAGUUGAAUAUAACAUGGGGUGAUCAGGAUCUUUUGAACAUUAUGUUUUUUCAUAAUCCUGAAAGCCUUUUUCUUUUUCCUUGCCAAUGGAACUAUCGGCCCGACCAUUGUAUUUAUGGGAGCAAUUGCCAGGAGGCAGAAAAGGAAGGAAUAUUCAUUCUUCAUGGAAAUAGAGGAGUUUACCAUGAUGAUAAGCAGCCAACGUUUCGUGCUGUUUAUUAUGCAAUUAAAAAUUAUUCAUUUGAAGAUGACCUUCCACAUCCAUUGCUUCUGCCUCUUGAACACGAAUUACAAAAGACACAACAUACCUACUGUGGAAGAAUAUACAAAGUGUUCAUAAAACAACUCAGAAAAAGUAUAAGGGACCUUAGUAACAGAAGAACUAAGGAAAGCUGUCUCUCAUUUCUCUUUCUCCCCUUCUCUCUCAUUUGUUUCUCUUUCCCCUCUCUCUUUCUCCCUCCAUCAUUUCUCAUUUCUCUCUCUCUUUUUCUCCCCUUUUCCCUCUGUCAUCUGUCUCUUGCAGGUAUGCGCACGCACAAGUCGUACCUUCCUGGGCCAGGAUCAUGAGAGUGAUGGCGACUCCUGCUGCCGCCAUUGCAAGACCCAAAACAUAACAUAGAAUACUUGAUGAGGAAAUUAAAUUAGUUUGGGCCUCUCGCAGUUUAUAAAAUAAACAACAGAAAACAACAAUUCUGAUUAAGAAUUAAGAAUAUGACCACACAGGAUGGUGAGAUAUUGACUAAAAGUUUUGGCUUUGGGGUUGAGAAAAAGGUGAAAUAUUUGGGGGUUGACAAAACACAAAACUGUUCCAAAACAAUUAUAUGCCUCUCUGGAAUGACAUUAAAGAAGACAUACUAAGGUGGGAUAAAUUGCAAUUAUCACUAUUAGGUAGAGUUUCUGUAAUUAAGAUGGAUGUCUUCUCAAAGAUACUUUUUUUUGUUUCAGACAUUACCAAUACUUGCAACUGAUAUUCCAUUUUAAACAGUGGCAGAGGGACAUUGCUAAGUUCAUAUGGCAUGGGGAAAAAACCAAGAAUUAGAUAUAGACUACUGCAAGAUGCUAGAGAAGGAGGGGUUUGAGUUUACCAGAUUUGAAAUUGUAGUUUGAUGCUUGCUGUGGUUUGGCUAAAAGAAUAGAUGAACUUCAGAACAAGAGGCUACUGGAUUUAGAAGGCCAUGAAUUAAGAUUUGGGUCUCACUGUUACCUAUGAUAAGACAAAGUUAAAGUAAAUGUUGAUUUCAACAACUAUUUUGUUAGGCGUGCCAUUUUGAGUGUUUGGAAUAAAUAUAAAACAAGGUUUUCCACAAAGGUGCCUCUUUGGGUUUCCAAAGGAAAUUUUUUUUAGAAAAGGAAUGGUGACAAGGCUGAACUGGUAAACUUAUGGUAAAAUAAUAUCUUUCAACUUGGGUGACCCUACCCUCAAGACUAAGGAGGAGCUAGAGUCAAAAAGUCAUGUCUGCCAUUGGUUUACAUAUCAACAAUUGAAACAAAGAUUAGACAAAAUUAGACAAAAAGAAUUAUGUUAUGUUGUUAAAAAUAAAUUGGAAAUAUUAAUGUGUAGUAAUGAUGAACAUAUUAUUGCUAAAAUCUAUAAAAUGUUGCUGAAUUUAAAUCUGGAAAAUAAACAAGUAAAGCACUGUAUGAUUCAGAGGGCAAAGAACUUUGGAUAUAAUGUAAUGCUUGAACAAUGGGAGAAUAUGUGGAAUAAAGAUUUAAAAUUUAUAAUGAACUUAAAAGAAAACUUCUAUAUGAUGAUGUAUCAUUGGUACAAGUUGUCAACAAUGUAUUAAGGCAUUUCAAAUGAAUGUUGGAAAUAUAAAUGUAAAAAAGGGACUUUUUAUCAUUUAUGGUGGAUGUGUGAUAAAGCGAAGAAAUAUUGAAAUAUUGAAAUAGGAUUCAUACCUUAAUACAAAUUUUUUUUAAAGUGAAUAUAAACAGAAAACCAGAGAUUUCUUCUGGGUUUAAUGGAAAAAGGCUUAGGGGGGUGGGGAAAUGGAACUUUGAUGUUAUACCUGUUGACAGCAGCAAGAUUACAGAGAGAAAUGGAAGGCCACCUCAAUCCCCAGAAUGACAAAUGGUUGCAAAAACUGAUGAAGUUAGCAGAAAUUGCUAAUUUGACCUCUGAUUAAAGAAAAAAUAUAAAUACUUUUAUUUCUAUUUGGAAACUGCUUCUAGACUUUGUGCUUAAGGUGGAAAAAAUGAAACGUUGAUUUUGGGUUUUACCGAUUAGUUAGUUAUAGAACCAGCUAGUUUAAACUAUUAUAUAAAAGUAAAAAGUUGACGUUUGAUGUUAAUGUCUUAUUCUAGCAAGGCAUUUGACAAAGUAGAUCACAACCUACUUCUUGGUAAACUAGAAAACUGUAGGAUAGACAGCAUCAGCAUCAGAUGGAUUUGUAAUUGGCUGACAAACCAUAUUACAUCCACAUGGAGGGAAAUAAGCAGUAGGGUACCACAGAGUUCCGUCUUAGGCCCAGUACUCUUCAAUACCUUUAUAAAUGACUUAGAUGAGGGAAUAGAAGGGGAACUCAUCAAAUUUGCAGAUGACACUAAGCCUGCAGAAAUAGCCUAUAUCCCAGAAGAAAAGCUCAGGAUCCAAAAAGAUCUUGACAGAUUUGAACAAUCAGCUGUAUCCAAUAAAAUGAAAUUUAAUGUGGAGAAAAGCAAGAUUUUACACCUCAGCAGGAAAAAGCAAAGGUUCAUGUACAGAUUAUUUGAAACCUGGCUCAAAAACAGUAACUGAGAGGGACCUUCGAGUCUUAAUGGGCGAUCACUUAAACAUGAGUCAGUGUGCGGCAGCAGCCAAAAAAGCUAAUACAAUCUUUGGUUGUAUAAACAGAGGCAUAGAAGAAAAAUCACGUGAAGUAUUAGCAGUGCUUUAUAAAGCCUUAGUAAGACCACACAUACAAUGCUGUAUCCAGUUUUGGUCAUCCCUUUAAAAAAAAGAUGUUGAAACUUUGGGAAAAUUUCAAAGAAGAGCAAAAAGAAGAGCAACUAAGAGAAUUAAAGGCCUGGAGACUAAAAUAUGAAGAAUGGUUGCAGGAUUUGGGUUUGGCUAGUCUAGAGAAAAGGACUGUGGGGGACAUGAUAGCAGUAUUCUAGUAUUUGAGAGGCUGCCACAAAGAGAAGGGGCUCAAUUUAUUUUCCAAAACACUAGGGGGCAGGACAGGAAACAUUGGAUAGAAACUAAUCAAGGAGAGAAGCAACCUGGAAUUGAGGUGAAACUUCCUAACAGUGAGGAUAAUUAACCAGUGGAACAGCUUGUCUUCAGAUAUUGUGGGUGCUUCAUCACUGUAGGAUUUUAAGAAGAGACUGGACAGUCACUUGUCUGAAAUGGUAUAGGAUCUUCUGUUUGAGUAGGGGGCUGACUAGAAGUGUCUGGAUUAUCAUUUCACUGAAAGCAUACCAUGCUGAGCGCUGAGUGAUUGGCAAAACAGCAUCUACUACACCCGUCUUUUUCAGUCUGACUUGCUGCAGCUGGAGCAACACAUGAUACAGGCUUUCAAUCCAGGAAUAUUUUACUUUGAUGUUGAAUCUGCAAGGGUAGUACACAACAAUGAUGUAUUCCGCUAUCAUUCUUAAGUUUUGGAGAGUUUGUCAACCAGUGUAAAUGGCUUACGGGGCCAAUUUCCAGAAGAGCCAGAUCUGUGGGAAGUUCUCCUGUCCUUAUUGCCUGUGUGAUACUCUAUCCAUAUGCUUGAUUGUAGAUGGAUCCUUUAUAACACUAUUGCUCAGUGAAAUGAGAGGCUCACCAAUUGAAACUCAGUGAAUGAAGAACCAAUGUCAAGUUUUGUUGCAAUGUCCAGCAAGUUGCCAAUUUUAACUGCCCAUUUGUUGUUAGACAAGGUCUUCCCAUCCAAUGUUGUGAUUAAGUGUAGUAGGGGUAACUCAUUCGUGUGGAAUGCACACACCAACCAGAUCAACUUCCAGUCAAGCUAUUUUAACAUUUGUAGAAUUUCCUCCAAUGGCUUCAAGCUUUUUUCAUGAAAUACAUCAGAUUACCUGCAAUAACAUGAACAGGUUUUCCUGUUUUUGAGCCUUUCUCUAGCUCAAUGAAUGAUAUGAUAAAAAUAUGAAAAUGAAGGACAGACGACUGAUGAUAAAAAUGAAGAGGAAUAUGAUGAAAGUUAUGAAGAGUCCUUAGACCAAACACACAUGCCCUCUACAGAAUGCAAUAGAUUAGAAAUAAUAGAUUAGAAAUUAUGCACUGUAAAAUAGCAGAGCAUAAGAUACAAUGUUAAAUGCCACCGCUGCUAUUACCACAGCUGCCUUCACAGAUGCUGGCUUGAUCCCCGAAGAAGACGAGACUUGUAGUUGACCAGAGUAAAGUUGGAUGCACAUCCUUCUCUGAACACCACGUGCAGAAAGUGCACCAGGUAGAGCCAUAGAUACGAGCAGUGGAACUACGACACGCAGCCUGGAUGGUGUCGAUGACAUUAGCCAUCAGGUGUUGUUUCCUCAGGAGGUACCGCUCAAGCACCAGAUGGUCAGUUAGAACCACUGAGGGUCUGGAUGGACCAACUGCCCCUGGCUGAGCGACAACCUGGCCUGAGGAAGCCUCCAGGGAGGCGCCAUGGAAAGGGCCACUAUGUCCGUAAACCGCGGAUGCCGAGGCCAGUGGGGAGCCAGAAGAAGUUCCUCCUGUUCCUCCAGCAUCUUCCUGAUGACCUUGAGGAGGAUCGGAAGGGGAGGAAAGGCGUAUAGGAGACCGGGGGGCCAAGGGCUGCAUAGAGUGUCUAUGCCCUCCACCACUGUAGCUGGAAACCUGGUGAAGAACCUUUCCAGUUGUCGAUUGUCUCAAGUGGUGAAUAAGUCCAUUGUCAGGGUCCCGAAGCGGCAUGUGAGCUCGAUGAACAAGUCUGGAUCCAGGCACCACUCCCUGUGGUCGACUGAGACUCUGCUGAGCCAAUCUGCUUGUGCAUUCGCCACCCCCAAUAUGUGAGAAGCCCGGAUGGACCUCAGAUGAGUCUCUGCCCAGAGGUCCAGUUGAACAGCCUCCUGCAUCAGGGGCUGUGAAUGGGUUCCCCCUAGGUGGCUCACAUGGGCCUUUGAGACCACAUUGUCUGUUAGAAUCAGAAUGUCCUGAUUGAGAACUAUAUCCUGGAAUGACAGUAGGGCUAGAUGUAUGGCCCGUAGCUCUAGCCAGUUUAUGUUGUGGGUCAGGUCUUCUGGAGACCACUGACCCUGAGCCAUGUUUGAUCCCAGAUGGGCACCCCAGCCGUGAAGACUGGCGUCUGUUGUCAAUAUCAAGUGUUGGGGUUCCUGAACUCUCUGCCUUUUGACAGGGCUGGAAGAUCAACCACAGAGUCCCUGAGCUGUUGAGGAAUCUGGACAAGUAAUGGUGACAUAGCCUUGUGGGCUUUUUGAUACAGGAGCAGAAACCUCUGCAGGGUCCUGCAGUGGAGACGUGCCCAAGGCACUAUGCUGAUACAGGAGACCAUCUUCCCCAAGAGUUGGGAAAGAACCCGUAAGGGAAUUGGACGUCCUGUCCUCACCUCUAAGGCUAGAUCUUGUAAUCUGGAGAGGCGUUCCUGCGAUAGAUAAACUCGGCCUCGACCGUAUCUGUCAGCUUGUCGCCGAUCAAUACCCAAGAAAGGAAACUCCCAACUCCAUAUGGUAAUAGAGAUCGUGUUCUGUCCCCUCCCUUCCUUCCCAAAAACAACACGCCAGCCGCAAUUUAUUUACACUUGGCCGGGUUUCUUCUGGCAACAAGAAGUUCUGGCAACGUUCCUUCACGUGCCAGCCAAGUCCUUAUUAAGUAGCAGCGUGCCAACAGACCAUUGCCAGGGCAACCAGGAGUCUGCAGGAUGAUCUAAAGUACUCACAAGAACUCCCAGCCUUCAGUCCAAAGUAGUCAAAGAGCCAGUAGUCCGUAACUUUGUCCAACACAAGGGCCUAUCGAGCACUCUCCCUGCUUUUAUCCCCUGUGGAGUGUGGUUCCAUGACUCAGCACUCCCUGGGCCUGCCCCACCUUUUCCUCUGCUGCGCACCCUUAUCUCAGCAUCGCUGUUUCACAUCUAGCCAAGAUUGAUCGUCAGCAGCUGGUUCUUGGGGCAUUGCCAGGGAGGAAGAAGGGUCAGGGGAAAGAGGCCUUGUCAGCUCCUCCUCCUCCUUCUGGCCUGCAGCUGGAAUCUGGGAUGGUGCCAGGGAGGAGGAGUGUCCAGGGGGGGAAGGAGGCCUUGCCAGCUCCUCCUCCUCACUCUCCGAGUCAUCUGGCUCUAGGAGGCCAGGCCUGGGGGCCGGAGCCACAACAGAUAGGUACUUUUACUGGAUACAUCUGAUUACAGCUAAGGAAAGCAAGAUCUGAGUAGGUGUGACUUACAGAGGUAUAUCCCCUUAUUCAUCCCUCCUCCCUCCAAAGGUCAAACAGAUCUAGUUCAAUGUCUUUGCCCUCAUGGGCCACGUGGUGUUCUUCUUUCGAUGUUAUUCUUCUGUCUGAUAUGCAAAGAUCGUUGAUGCCAGCACGUGCAUCUGACUGUUUGAAUUCCUUCUCUCUCUUCCUUUCAAUGGCAGCCGAAGCUUAAAGAGCCACAACAUCCAUUAAUCUAGCAUGACGACAAACUAGCAAUAAAACAUUUAACAAAGUAAUAAAACAGUUAAACAUCCUACUACGUAACUAAACACUUAAAGUAAUAAGCGGAGGCUGACAUUCAGCCCUCCUGCAAAAAGGACGUUAGUCCUAGAAAAGAAGAAAAGAAAAGUUAAGGUUUAUCAGGAUACUUUUCAUAGAAUCGUGCUAGCUUUUUGGGGGCACGAACAUUCACUUUGUUAACCCAUUCUGCCUGGGAUAAAGGAAAGUGUUUCCAAGCUACUAAAUAUUGGACUUUAUUUCUAUGUUUUAUAGAAUCCAGGAUUUCUUUUACUUCAAAAUGUUGUUCCCCUUCUAUGAGAAUUGGUACGGGGAGAGGGUAGUAGGCAUGGCUCUCAUAGGGGAAGUGUGUUCAGGUUUCACUAAGCUAACGUGGAAAACAGGGUGAAUUAUUCUCAAUGUUUUGGGUAGUUCCAGUUGGACAGUUACUGAUAACUCAGAUUGAUAACUCUCACAAUGGGGAAAGGUCCAACAUAUUUAGGUCCAAGGUUCUUUGAUUUUUGAGUUGUUUGUAAAUAUUUGGUGGACAGAUAAACUUUAUUUCCCACUUUUCUGGAGACCGUUUUUUAUCUGCCUGUUUCUUGUGUGAGCGAUGCACGUCAUCAAUUGCCUUGCGAGUUAUUUUCCAGGUACUUUGUAGUUGUUCUACCCAUUCAGCCAGUGAUGGAAUCGAAGGUUUCUCUUCGGGAAGUUCUGAGAUUGGGACAAACUCUUGACCAGAAGCCACUUUGAACAGAGUGAAACCAGUGCUGCUAUGUACAGAGUUUUUGUAGGCCACUUCAGCAAAAGGUAGUAGGUCUGCCCAAUUACCUUGUUGGUAAUUAACAUAGCAUCUUAGAUAUUAUUCCAGUACCGAGUUAGAUCUCUCACAAGAUCCAUUAGUCUGAGAAUGGUGGGAGGAGUUUAAUCCCUGGGCGGAGCCUAGGAGUCGUAGAAAUUCUUUUCAGAACUGGGAAGUGAAUUGCACUCCCCGGUCCGAAAUAAUUCGUUCCGGGACCCCAUGUAAUCUGUAGAUGUGUUGGACAAACAAUUUCGCUAAGCUUUUAGCUGAGGGUAUUUUAGAGCAUGGGAUGAAGUGCACUUGUUUGGAAAACAAGUCUGUAACUACCCAGAUUACUGUAUUGCCACCACUCUCGGGCAAUUCCACUAUGAAGUCCAUGGAUAUUUUUUUCCAUGGGGCUCCUGGGCGAGCAACUGUUUGAAGCAAUCCUGGUGGUUUUCCUGGUGGUUUUUUCGCCGCUGCACACACAGUACUCGCUAUGUAAGACUCAAUGUCCUUUUUAAGUCCUGGCCACCAGAAUUGCCUUUUCAGAAGGUGCAAGGUUUUCACAAAACCAAAAUGUCCAGCCAUUUUAAGCAUCAUGGCAGCACUGAAGUAUGGUCUCCCUUGCAGAUGCAGGGACAUACAACUUUGCCCCCACCAGGCCAGGCCAUCACAAAGAGUACAUUCGUACGAAUGGGCUAAGAACCAGUCGUCUGUGUCCAAGGCCUCCUUUAGCAGCUUGGUGAGAUCAUCUGGUAGUGAUGCAUCGGUUUUUGCUUGGGUUCGGGUAAUGGCCAGAGCUGCUAGUUGCUGAACCGGAAGUAUUGGGUGUGCCACUUCCAUGUGAGUGCUAUUGUAUUGAGGCAACCGAGAAAGGGCUGUGGUAGCUCAGGCUGUAGAAGCCUGUUAUUAAAACACAGCAGCCUGCAAUUACUGCAGGUUCAAGCCCGGCCCAAGGUUGACUCAGCCUUCCAUCCUUUAUAAGGUAGGUAAAAUGAGGACCCAGAUUGUUGGGGGGGCAAUAAGUUGACUUUGUAAAAAUAUACAAAUAGAAUGAGACUAUUGCCUUAUACACUGUAAGCCGCCCUGAGUCUUCGGAGAAGGGCGGGAUAUAAAUGUAAAUAAAAAUAAAUAAAUAAAAAAAAGAGCGUCUGCCAGGAAGUUCUUUCCUCCCGGAAUGUAACGCAAUGAGAAGUUAAAACAGUUAAAGUAUUGGGCCCAUCGAGCUUGCUUUGGCGACAGUUUUCUGGGUGUUUUAAGGACUUCUAAGUUUUUGUGAUCAGUCCAAACUUCGAAAGGGUGUUUAGCUCCCUCUAGGAAUUGUCUCCACAUUUGGAGAGCCCAGUGAACCACAAACGCUUCUUUCUCCCAGAUGGCCCAUCUCCUCUCUGUUUCAGUCAGUUUCCGAGAUGUGUACGCACAUGGUUGUAGUUCCCCUUCAGCAUUGUUUUGGAGUAGAAUGGCCCCCACUGCUACAUCACUAGCAUCCACUUGAACCACGAAUGGGGACUCCAUGUCAGGGUGCUUGAGGAUAGGUUCAGCCGCAAAGAGUCGUUUCAACUUUUCAA